AAGACUUUGUAUAUGUACGUGCGAGUUAGUUUAGUAUUCAUUUUAAUCUCAUUGACCCUAUUCAAGCCCAAAUCUCACAGUCCGUACAUUUACAUUUCUCCAGACAGCCUUUCACUCUCACUUCACUGUCCCUUGUGUGAGAAUGUGCUGUAGAUUGGGCUUAAAAGAUGAAUUCUCUGUUUCUUUGCACAAAGAAGGCAUGGAGAGAAUGAAUAUACCGAGAGCUGUCAGCAUAUUUCCCUGCAAUAUUUCCCCACAGGAUUGAUUCAACCCUGCUGUCAGGCCUCGAGCCUGUGGAGGAACAACAGCGGUCAAUUAAGACAUGAACUAAGAAUGGGAUGGGGAAAGAUUUCCUGUCUUCCAUAUGAUGUGACCAGGACAUCUUGCACAGAUUAUUUGCCGUCCACUCCAGCUUGAAAAAGACUUUCAGCUGACAACCACCAGUGGACGCAGAGUUUCGCGAAGAAAAGAACUCAUCCCCUCCAGCCCCCACCCGAGAAACCUGGCAACACCGACAAUGAUUUCUUCGAUCCCCCAGUUAGAAGAAUUAUAGCGACAGCAAAGCUACUUCCAGAAAAACACACCGAGAAUCUUGUGAGAAACUCAGACUUUCGUGUAUUGUUUUUAAGACCAGUUAUUGACCAAUCGCUGCGUGUUGUUUGCAGUCAUGCCCGCCUGACCUUAGCCUGCGCAAGUCGGAGCUUCGAUCUAUUGCCACAAUUUCGUUGGAUCAGCCUUUCCUCUCAUCCCACCCCGCCAACCUACCCCUUACACUUCGGGUCGUGUCCCUCCCUUAUGGCAAACGCCGAGCCGAGGUCGGCCCUUCCCAGGUGUUUAAACCAGAAAAAGACUAAAAACCCUGAUUAAAUAGGUGAUUGAAUUAAGGGCCCCUGCUGUGGCCUUAUGAUGAGGAGGAUAAACAUAGCCGUCACAGGAGGAGACACCCCGUAGCAGCAUCCUGGAACUGAAAUUGAUUCUGCGAGGAAAACUCUACGCAUGCGUGCUCUACAAACAACAAAGGACACACCGAACAAACACUGAUGGGCUUGUAAGGAAAGUUGUUUUUAUCGUGGGGCUCCUUGACAACAAGGAAGGUUUAAAAAAUACAUUUAUCAUCGGAUUCGUUUUAUCUCAUAAAAUACUCUAAAGUGCUGAUGACGAAGCAUUGAAUAACUUUGAAAGUAUUUGAGUGACUUCUCCCAUCAACCCUUUUGCGGAGUAAGAAAUUCAUUUUUUUUUUGUAGUCUCAAAUGAGAAAAUAAAAGAGGCUUGGGAAGUGCUGUAUGAACAUCACAGACUGAAACAAUCCAUCAGAUGAAUUGUCAAUGACAUUAUUUCAGAACGAAUGUGUUUUGAAACUACAACCUGGUAUGGAGUUCAAUUAAUAAAAAGCUCAACUGAUGAAAAAAAUAUUCAACUAAUCAACAAUCUUAUCAGUGACCCCUUUUUUUAACAAAAAGAAGAGGGUUUUGAAGAUGUGGACUGUUUGGUGAUACGUAUUAAGGAAUGUGUAGCUAGAUAAAUGAAGUUUUCGUUCGCGAGAGACAUCUCUUCAAAAUGAACAAUUGAGCAUUUAUAAUUUACCUUUAUUGAAUUUUCUCAUCGCUUUGACGGUAACAAAAGAGCAAACAGGCGAUUUCUUCUCUCAUGUAUGAGUGAACACAUUUACUCAAAGGUUUCUCAUUCAUUUUAACAGAAAAUUUGGACAACUGUAGUGGAGGGGAAGAUUUUCCUCCCAUCUCUUUUCUUUGGCUUUCACCCUCUUCUUUGAAGUUGCGAACUGCUGGUAAAAUUGAUUAUUGUUUGCUUUCUUCUGCCUGGCGACGAUUGCGCCGUUGACACUACAGAUAUUGAUGCCGCCUUCACUGCUCGUGUGUACACAUCUAGCUCUCCACAGCUCAACUUAAAAAAAAAAAAAAGACGACUAAAGACAGAAAGAAAGAGAGACAAAGUUCUCAAGGUGCUGAAUGGCAUAGUGGGAACUGAUGCUAAGGUUUCCUGGGUAGAAAUGAAUGCUUUGUAUGAGGCUUUAAACUGUCAGUCUGUGUCUAUGAAGCCGAGCAAAGUUUUGAUAGGAUCUUGGGCUUAGUGCAGACGGCGCUGGGGACGAGCAGCUGUACAGCUGCGGCCUGUCACGGCUGGGGAGGAGGGACACAAUAAUAUCCGAGCACGGUGGUGAUGGCACGAUCCGAUGUCAAAUAUUGUUUUGCUGAUUAUGCGACGAGGCGUAAUAGCAGAGAAAUCCAGUAAAAGUUCGCCAGGGGGGAAAAAAAACUAUGGCGUGUUAACAAUUUUCUCGGCUGCAUGCAGCUGGGCAAAAAGAGAGAGAUCGAAUUUUGCUUAAGGAGAGAGAUAUAGACUUAGAGAGACGAGAGAGAGAGAAGGGCGGGUAGAGCAAACAUGACAGACUACCGCGAUCAGUUGACUGUGACAUUGGAGGUGGUGCUGGUAGCUCUGGCACCGCAGCUCGUGUCGAACACCACCAACGUUGCCACGACACCUUUCUCGCAACACCCGGGUAGAGGGUCCUCCUACGACGGUCGACUUCUCGACACUGGCGGCGUCGGAGUCGGCAAUGUCUUCCGCAACGACGGCGUAGUGGACGUAGUCGGCGAGUGGUCAGGAGCCCGUAACGGCGUGGGGAUCAACCACAACGACGACGGUGGACAAGGGGUGGACCUCGAUGCCAGCAUGGUGUCCACCAGCUACAUUGCGCUCUUCUCCACUCUCUUCUGUGUCGUGGGGCUGGUGGGCAUGGCCGGCAACGUGCUGGUCGUGUACAUCGUGCUGGCGGACAAGAAAAUGCGCAAGUCGGUGACCAACCUGCUCAUCCUCAACCUGGCCGUAGCUGACUCGCUCAUCAUGCUCUUCGGGGUGCCCGAGAUCGUGCAGUUCAUGCUGGACAAGGGCUGGCUGCUGGGGCUCAUCGCCUGCAAGGUCAACCGUUCGGUCCUCGUCUGCGCUCUCUAUGCUUCUGUGCUGACACUCGUCGCCGUCUGCAUCGAAAGGUACAUCGCCAUUGUUUUCCCCAUCAAAGCUCACAUCGUCUGCACGCGCAGGCGCGUGGUCCUCAUCAUCGUCUGCGUCUGGUUGACAGCCAUCGCCUGCAGCGCCCCCACUGCCAUCUUCAAUGACGUCAUUAAACCUAUGCCCUUGCUGACGCACUUCAUGUGUAUUACCAGCUUUGCUUCAGAUUAUGAGACACACCUCAAAUACGUCAGCAUCUUCAAGUUCACCGAGUCGGCCAUGUUCUACUUUGGGCCGCUGGUCCUGCAGCUGGUUUGCUACAUCGUCAUUGGGCGCCGCCUCUUCGUAGGCGUGGACAAGCUGCACCGGAACUUCAAUGUGCGAUGCACGCCGGACCGGCGCCAGCGAACCCACGAGGCCAUCCGCGCUCGGAAAGGCGUGGUCAAGAUGCUUAUCGCCUCCGUCGUUAUUUACUUUCUCAGCUACUCACCUCAUCAGGUGCUUCUAUUCUACAACACCUUCUCCUCCAUGUCGUUUGGGGACAACUGGAUGUUUUUGGUGCUUACCACAACCCUGGCCUACAUCAACUCCGCCGCCAACCCACUCCUGUACUGCGUCUUCAGCGAGAACUUCCGCAGCAAGUUCAAGAACAUUCUGCAGUGCUGCACGUGCGAUCGGUCAUGCCGCUGUCGACGAAAUUACGAGCGUCAGCGGACGAUCAGUCUGACAUCACUGACAGAGUACACGACGCUUUUCAGAAAGACUUCCUCUACCAUCCACAAGAACAAUGUCGCCAAGCCUGCUGCCUUGUGAGGACUGGUUGAAUCAGCGUAGAGGUGAAUGUAAGCCCUGGAACUCAAAGCGGAAAAAAAGGGAAAAAAAAAAAAAAAGAGCAAAUUUUGCCAGCCAAAUGACGAAUGUCAGAAACAUGCAGUGUUUAAAACUCAAACUCUCAAGACGAUAACUUGAAAAUUUAGAAAAAAAACCCGAGCGUUUUAUCUUUCAGUAAAUUAUCCAGGGAACAUAGGAAUGUUUUAGCCGCAGCAGUCGACCAGUUAGGAUCCCGGUGCACAGUUAGGUAGCUACUUAAAUGGCCAGCAGGUAAAAACAAGGUCAUCAAAUUAUAAGUAAUUUAGUUAUCUGCUAAACACUAGGCAGCCAUCCAGAAGUCAGUGGCUAACACAUAUUGUGCCCUCGACCUUACGGAUGCUUGUUACUUUCAGCUGCUUACAUCUGGUUAAACACAGAUAUUAUUUCUCAACUUGUUUCGUGUGAAGCUUAAGUGCUCCUAACAAGUUGUGAUACCUGUCUGUCGUUAGAUCCGUUAGCUGUUUGCUUCCGCUAGAACAAUGUUUGAGUUCAGCUGCGUGCGGCAGAGGUCAAUCAUGAAAGGUGCUGAAACUGCCGCGCGGCGCCGCGCGUCGCUGGUUGUGUUGGGGUCGUCAAGGUAAGCAAACAACGUGCACUUGCUGCUGGUGCCGAGAAAUUGUUGUGUUCGCCUGCCUUGAUCCAAGCGAUCUGAUAUCCACUGCGGACGUUCCAAGUGUAUGAUAAAUGGCAGAUAUGUGGCAGCCAGCACACAACCACUAUAUCCAGGAGAGUCACCAUGCAAACGUCUCAUGUUUGCUUUGAACGAUGACUGAGCUGAGAAAACAGACUUAAAGUCGUGAAGACGUGGAGAGACAAAAUUACUGAAUGUCUAAUAAAGACAGAAAUGUUAGACUUCUUGACCUGUAUUGUUUUCAAUUGUUUUUUGUUUUUAAUUUGUGCAUUUUAAACUGUUUGGUAUAUUCAUAAGUCAUGAUCAGCAAUUUAAUGACAGUGAGCGGCGAUUACAUGUGUCUUUUAAGGAGUUCUUAGGAGAAGGAGCAAUGGCCAAAGCAUCAUCUGUUGAGAAAAAAAAUCACGUUGCACUAAUUUCUGUUAGCUAGUUGUCCCAACUAACCUUAUUAACGCACCUCACAGGGUUCUUUUCAGGUCUUUCAUGUGAUUGAUCUCUUCCAGUAAGCAAUGCGGCACAAACCCAUUCUCUUGAUCCACUUUCAUGCAGUUAACCGAUUUGCUGUAAAAUGUUACGCGACCACUUGUGGGAAAACCCAUGAAUUGUGCAAAAAAAUUUUUUCUGCAUCGCAAUCCCUUCGUAACAUUUGUUUCCUUUUAUUUGAAUUGCUAAUACGUUGUUGUCGUCGUCAAAGUUCUCGAUGAUGUAUGAACCUGUAAAGAAAGGGAAACACUUAGCAAUAAAUGUCUACAGGUUAAGUAAUAUUUGUUUGCACAUGAGAAUGUUUCUGUUUCUCAGUCUGAAACAGAUAAGUUUAGAAUGAGGAAGCACAUAUAUCUGCUUGGAGUAAAAGUAACGUAUACGAGGCUAAGUUCCUUCUCCACAUCUCCACGUUUGUUUCCAGGAAGGAAAUAACUUUGGGUUUCCCUACGAACAAUUCUGUCUUCAAAGUUCUUCACAUCACGUACGCACUUUGUUCCUCUUGACAUACAGAGUAAAAAGUAUGGCGAAGUCCACAAAUAUUUGAAAAUAAUAAAGGAUGUGAAAUAUUCUUAACGAUUGACUAAGUUAUGAAUGACCUGUUUGAGUGCUUGUAGGAAAAAAAAUACUGAUUACUUGAACGCCUGUGUCUAUGUCGACACAAACAUGCAAGGAAUCAGGAAAAUACCAUAACUGACCUUACUAGGAUGAGGAAGUGGAGAGCUAUUAAAAGUCUGGCUUCAAAAAAAAUGAUAUUUUUAUUACACAUCUAUGGAUCAACGCACAUACAUCCACAUACAUAAUUAGACAUAAGUACAAUGAAAGGUAGGGAGCUUAUUUUGGUGCUACAUGCAUUUGAACAGUUUCAGAAAACCCUUUUAGUAGUCAAUGUAGUAAGUUGUAUGAUUGCAAUGUUGUAAAUGUACUUGUAACACUUCAUCCUACAAAAUCUUGAAUUAUUAAUAUUACUUUGAACUUACAUGUCACGAACAGACUGUGGUAGUGUGUGCAUUUCUUUUCUUAAAACGCAUACAUAAACUGUAUUAGUAUUAUUUUGUUUGUUUCCUCCGUUAUGAGGGUAAAAUUGGACAUACUAAAUGAAGUCAAGUCCACUUGAAAAAGAAGAAAUAUGAGUGAAUCAAGUAAACAUGUGCUUGUGUGUGUGUGUGUAUGUUUGCGUGAGUGAGAGACAGAGUAUGUGCUUGUUAUUUUUAAGUAUGUGUACAUGUUUAUCGUGAGUAAACACGCAUUUAUCAUACGUAAAUCCCAAACCUCGUGAUUUGGCUCAGGCUCGUGAAAGAGUUCACAUCAUCGGACUGUUGACUCGUGUGUGAAUGUUUGACUUUCUAGCACAAAAAUCCAAUUCAGACUUCGGAAGCCUUUCAAAGCAUGCUCAUUGCUCUCCAAGAAAUUGCCUCGCUGGCAAUGCGAAGAAAGAGGUUAAUGGUUAGACUCUGGAAGCAUUUGAGGAAUCAUUGUUUUUAAAAGACAGCUAAAAACUUUAUUCUUUGGAAACCAAUUUUUCUAACCAGUUUCCUAAUUUAAGAGUUUACUUUUUCGUUUAAUAUAGUCUUUUUUUUCCCUUGUUUGUUCGUCUCUCUCUCUCUCUCCCACACACACACUGCUUUAUUAAGAUAAAUGGACAUGGAAAUGUUCUUCUAUUUAUAGAAAUAACUGCUGUAUCAUCUAGCCAUGGAAACCCUAGCUUUCCGCAAAGCGGUUUGAGUGAAAGAUGGGGGCAAUAACUUGUAACACAGACACCUUCUGUGAGCGAAUAAAGACCUGUCGUGCCCACCACAUCCAUCAUGUGUGAUUGCAGGCUGCUAGAAAGGAUGUCGCAGGUUACAAUGCGCUACAGCAGGUCAGUAAACAGGGGCAGGCUAUUAUGAUCAGCCACGUGACGAUGAUGAACAAACCGUCUGAUCUUUUGCUGAUGACCUUAUCGCUUACACAACACUUUGCAAUGUCCAUCGCAGUUUCGGGAGGGAUACUGGGGCAACAACGGCCAUAAAAAUGUUACAUGCUUUUGCUUUUACUGCCGAAUGUGCACAACAAUAAAACUGUUUGACUUUUUUUUAUAACAAAGUGAAUGCUGCUUUCCUCCUUUCGGCUGUUCAGUCCGCACAAUAAAGUGUCCUCGUUGACGAAAAUCAGAUUUCAUCACCAUCAUGAAAAAAGAAAGAAAGAUGGUGGUUGUGAUCUCUUUGUCACUUUAAACCUCUACGAAAAAGUCAUAUCUAUGAUGUUGCUACUACAUCAUACAUAAACUAAUCUUCCUACCAAGCUCGUAUGAUUUGCCAAUAUUUUUACGGCCGAGAUAUUUUGUUUUCUUGAUUAAGCUGGCAACAGUCAAAAAAAAAAAAAAAAAUAAAAAAAAAAAGCUCAAACAAGAGUUCCCAGAUGUCAUAAUAUUGUAAUAAAAUUCCUAAAAAUGCUUGUCCAGACGUAGCUGUAAGAUC